AUGGCUACCGAAGAAACUGUCCAGCUGAACGAGCUUCAUGCCCCGCAGCAGGCUUCAAUCGACGCCUUUAACACAAUCCUCCCUACCCUCAAAGAGGAGCUCACCAAGCUCCGCCGUGACCACGACAAACACGAGCCGGAGUACUUCCGCGUCGUCAAGGACCUCUCCGAUGACGAGCUGACAUCCUUCUCCUCCUCCGACCUACAGGCCGUUCGCGUUGCCGUCUCGGCGUACGGUCUACAUCUCUUUGGCAAAGUCAAGGUACCCGCGCUCGACAACGCAUACAUCCACGUUCGCAUCUUCGGAUCCGCCAAGGACGGCACCGAUGGAAGCAGCACUGAUGAGCGGGAAUACAAGCUACAUAGCAUUCACACCGAAGAAGUUGUGAAGGGUGAUGGUGAUAGGGUAUAUAGGGCCAUCUUUGGGAAGAAUGAUGAGUUGGAGUGGUUCGAUACGUAA